UUUGCAUAAACACAAGUUUAAGUUCAACAAUGUUCUCUAAACACUUAGUAUUGCUCCUUUUAGGAGUGGUGUUUCUCACCACUCCUACUUUUGCAUAUUACUAUCAACCUCCCACUUAUAAGUCACCAGUUGAGAAGCCACCAGUAUACAAACCACCUAUUGAGAAGCCACCUAUCUACAAGCCACCUGUUGAGAAGCCACCCGUCUACAAGCCACCAGUUGAGAAGCCACCCGUCUACAAGCCCCCAGUUGAGAAGCCACCGAUGUACAAGCCCCCUGUAGAGAAGCCACCCCUCUACAAGCCCCCUGUAGACAAGCCACCGGUCUACAAGCCCCCUAUAGAGAAGCCACCAGUGUACAAGCCCCCAGUUGAGAAGCCACCCGUAUAUGAGCCCCCAGUUGCGAAGCCACCGGUCUACAAGCCUCCUGUAGAGAAGCCACCGGUCUACAAGCCCCCAGUUGAGAAGCCACCGGUAUACAAGCCACCAGUUGAGAAGCCACCGGUGUACAAGCCCCCAGUUGAGAAGCCACCCAUCUACAAGCCUCCUGUAGAGAAGCCACCCAUCUACAAGCCCCCAGUUGAGAAGCCACCUGUCUACAAGCCACCAGUUGAGAAGCCUCCGAUGUACAAGCCCCCUAUAGAGAAGCCACCGGUCUACAAGCCCCCAGUUGAGAAGCCCCCUGUAGAGAAGCCACCCAUCUACAAGCCUCCAGUUGAGAAGCCACCCGUCUACAAGCCACCAGUUGAGAAGCCUCCGAUGUACAAGCCCCCUAUAGAGAAGCCACCAGUCUACAAGGCCCCUGUUGAGAAGCCACCUGUCUAUAAGCCACCAAUUGAGAAGCCUCCGAUGUACAAGCCCCCUGUAGAGAAGCCACCAGUAUACAAACCCCCAGUUGAGAAGCCACCAGUGUACAAGCCACCAGUUGAGAAGCCUCCCAUCUACAAGCCCCCAAUUGAGAAGCCACCGGUCUACAAGCCCCCAGUUGAGAAGCCACCAGUCUACAAGCCUCCUGUAGAGAAGCCACCCAUGUACAAGCCCCCUAUAGAGAAGCCACCAGUGUAUAAGCCCCCAAUUGAGAAGCCUCCGGUGUACAAGCCCCCUAUUGAGAAGCCACCCGUGUACAAGCCACCUGUAGAAAAGCCACCCGUCUACAAGCUCCCAGUAGAGAAGCCUCCUGUGUACAAGCCCCCUAUUGAGAAACCACCUCUGUACAAGCCCCCAGUUGAGAAGCCUCCUGCGUACAAACCACCUGUUUAAAAACCUCCAGUUUACAAGCCUCCCAUUUACGAAGUACCUAUUGAAAAGCAACCUACUUAAAAGCCACCAAGCUAUCAACCUCCACCUUAUGGUCACUAGCCUCCUUCACCAACCAUGAACUUUGAGUAUCUUUUGAUCUUAAACAUAUUUUGGUAUUCUAAAAAUAAGCGAGCUCAUGAUCUCUGCAGUUUGUCACAAGUGUUCUUUAAUAUUUUUCCAGUUCUAUUUUACGUUGGCAUUGUUGUUAAGCAUGUAUAAUAAAAUUGUAAUAUUGAUCAUUAAUAAAAUUAUCUGUUUUGCUUCUACCAAAAAAAGAAA